CUUGGAUGUCGGGACCCCGGUCAAGUCGCUUGACAGCCCACCCAGGCCUGCUCCCCCUCCUACCAAGCCCAGGAGCAAACAGCCUCGGCCUAUAAGGUUCCUUAGCCUGCCAAAGGCUGCCACCGGCUCAGGGAGAAGAAGAUCGAGGGCUUGACCUUUCUCCGUGUGAUGGCUCAGAACCACAUGGACAUACUGAUGCCUAAACUCCAUGAUAUCUGCCAUGCCAUUAUAAAUGAGGUGAAGAACCUGCGCUCUGCAGUGUCCUGUGCUGCCAUGGCCACACUGGGUGACAUGUACGUCCACCUCCAGAGGGCCAUGGACAGUGAGGUGGAGGGGACGGCACGCGUGCUGCUGCACAAAACCAGCGAGGCCAACGCCUUCAUCCGGCAGGGCGCCAACUUUGCCCUGGGUCACAUGGUGCAGAGCUGCACCCCUACACGUGUCAUGAAUGCCCUGCUGGUCGGUGGGCUGAGCCACCGUAACGCUGCGGUGAGGAGCUGCACUGCUCAGCACCUGGAGAGACUGGCUGAGGUCAUGGGGGCGGCUCGUCUCCUGUCGGGGAAGAAAGACCUCACUGACCGUUUCUUGAUUGCCGUCAGUAAACUGGCUGUGGACCCUGCACAGGAAGUCAGGCAUCAUGGUCGCAAUAUCUUGAGCAACAUGGCCACCAAUGGCGACUUUCCUAAAAUGUGGGACAAAUUCGCUCCGAGGAAAGAGAGAGAAUCCUUGAGGGAGGUCAUCUCAAAGGUUAUCCUCAAAGAAAGGUGGCUCCCCUUCCCGUUCGGGUGGCGCUCGGCGGUCGUCGUCACCGGCCUACUAGCUGCCACUGAUUCUUUCCUCCCCCUCUUUGUCUGUUUAUUGGUUACACCUGUUGUGUAUUUGCUGAUUAGUUUGGCUUUAUUAGCCAGCCGACCCGCCUGCUCUUUGUGCGGGAUUGUUUUGUGUAACUUGUGUGCACGUCUGUGGGUUACUUGUUUCCCAUUUUGUGGGUUUUGCUGGACAGUUUAAGUCCCCAUGUUUGGGGCGUUGUUUUGUUGUACGCCCUGUGUUUUCGUGGGGUUGGCUUAUGUUCGCCGUUUUGUGCAUUAAACUACCCUGAACUCUCUGCUUCCUGCGCCUGACUUCUCACCCACUACACCCAGAAUGUUACAAUACUGUAAGAUUAUAUCUUUCUGUCUUUUCUCUUUUUCAACAGGAAUAUCUGAAUCAUCCCCAACUUGACUAUAUAUUUGUAUGUAAAUAUUUGCACAUUUCCCAACUUGACUAUUAUCCCCUCCAGUCCCCAAACUCCAAUAUUUUCUCUCAUUCUAUGAAAUUUGACACUAUCAUCCAACCCCCAUGUAAAUGCAUCUUUAAACUGCAUUGACUCCUUGUCCAAGUCCUGAAUCCACUAUAAGGCCAUAUGAACCACAUUCAAAGCACUAAAUUACCUUUCCUCGAAGCUCCUAUCUGAUCUACCAGCUCAAUAGUGGUCUACUGAAACCAUACUCACCAU